GCGAAUGCAAGAGCAUCGUUUUAAGAAGCGAAACGAGAAAUUAUACAAAAUAAGUUUGCGUUGGCGUUGGCGUCAGACUCGAAUUCGUUUAACGGACUCUGCCACACAAUCGCUGCAAGAAAUUCGAAAACAGCAAUCGCUCAAAGUGUUUGGUUGUGCGUGUGUGUUCUAAUAAAAGCAACAAUACAAUAAAUAGCAAAAGCAAAAAUACAGCAAAUUUGCUUAUGCUCAAAAUGUAUUUUUUGAGCAUUAAAUCAAAGUUCAAAAUUAUUAUCAAGUGUCGCAAACAAAGUGAAAUAUUCCAAAUUGGCAGCAAACAGCAUUUGGAUUAAACGCGACCACCCAAUGCAAUUUGGAUAACAAUACAAAGGCGAUACCAAAAACAAAAAACAGCAAAUAAAUACAAAAAAAAAAAAAACUCAACACAGCUCAAUAAAAACAUAUAAAGUUUAACCUAAGGGAGAAUACAGGCAAAGUAAACCAAAACUGAAGUGACGCAAAGCAAAUCAUAGCUAAGUAUAAGAAAAGAACAGAGCAGCAUAGCACUGAGCACUGAGUAUAAGAACAGAGAAAAGACUUGAACACAAAAAGAAAUAAACAUGGAAGCCACAACAAAAUGCACACAAAGCCACACCAAGUUGCAGCUCGAGGAGGAGGAAGCAGUGGAGACUCAAGCGACAACACCAACCACAUCAACAGCGGCAACCAUCAUUGACAUUCCAGCUGCUCCUGAUGCCUGCAUCGUUAGCAGCUCCUCAUCCGCAUCCUCCUCAUCCUCAUCCUCAUAUGACACGGACUGCAGCACGGCGAGCAGCACCUGCUGCACACGCCAGGGCGAACACAUUUACAUGCAACGCGACACGCUGCCGACAGCAGCCACGGCAGCAACAUCGAUAGCAGCAAUGACAGCAGCAGCAACGGCAACAACAACAACAAAAGUUGCACCAUCGACUUGCUCACACUCUCCGCUGCAGUCGGACGAUAUGACAAUGCUGAAGCUUGAGCACCGCAAGCACUGGCCAUGGUUCAUCCUACUAAUCUCCGUCAUUGAGAUUGCAAUCUUCGCCUAUGACCGCUACACAUUGCCCGCCCAGAACUUUGAACUGCCCGUCCCCAUACCCAGCGACUCGGUUCUUGUCUAUCGCCCCGAUCGCCGCAUGGAGGUCUGGCGCUUCUUCAGCUACAUGUUCCUGCAUGCGAACUGGUUCCACCUGGGCUUCAACAUCAUCAUCCAACUGUUCUUCGGGGUGCCGCUGGAGGUGAUGCACGGCACUCUCAGGAUUGGCGUUAUUUACCUGGCAGGCGUGUUCGCCGGCUCCUUGGGCACCAGCGUCGUCGACUCCGAAGUGUUCCUCGUCGGUGCCAGCGGUGGCGUCUACGCUCUCUUGGCCGCACACUUGGCCAACAUCACACUCAACUACGCACACAUGAAGUCCGCAUCCACACAGCUGGGAUCUGUGAUCAUUUUUGUCUCUUGCGAUCUUGGCUAUGCGCUCUACACGCAGUACUUCGAUGGAGCCGCCACGCCGGCAUUCUCCAAGGGACCCCAGGUGUCGUACAUUGCGCACCUAACAGGCGCUCUGGCUGGACUGACCAUUGGCUUCCUGGUGCUCAAGAAUUUCGGGCAUCGGGAGUACGAGCAGCUGAUCUGGUGGCUGGCGCUGGGCGUCUAUUGUGCAUUCACAGUGUUUGCGAUUGCGUUCAAUCUCAUAAACACGAUCACCGCGCAGCUGAUGGAGGAGGAGGGCGAGGAGAUCACACAACAUUUGCUCCACGACUUGGGCGUCUCCUAAGCCGGAGAAAUGAUACUAGAGAGACAUAGACAUACAGACAAAUAAGAAAGCAAAAAGUAAAAGAGAUAGACAGACAGAGAGAGAGAGAGAGAGAGAGAGAGAGAGAAAGCAGGAAAUUUUGUGGAUGAAAGUUCAUUCGAAAGACUUUAGUUCAAAACUAAAUUUCGAAAUUCGUUUGGCUUCACUUUUCGUUCCGUUCCGUUAACGUUAAUGCGUUUUAUUUCCAACAUUUCACGGAACAACCGCAACUACUCAAAGAACGGGCCGAAACGUGUGAACAAAUGUUGUGAUAGAACCAAAGACUGAAUUUAUUUUGCAUGUAAAAAAUAAUCCCCCACCCUCAACAACACAAAAACAAAUCUGAAAACACAAACUAAAUCAAUAUAAAUUAUAAAUAUUAUUUGCACCUCCAUGCCGCCCCAAUAUCUAUUAAACUUAAUAAUUGGAUAUGGAAUUAAAUUUUAUCCGAAACUACGGUCACUUUAAUUAUAUAUUUAAAAAAAAAAAUCCGGGGGCCCGCCACGUGCCGUCCCCCCUCUGCACCCCACGUCCCUGCCCCACGCCCAUGCCCAAAUCUAGACAUACGUUGGAAUAUUUAAAUAGCCUAUAACAAAUUGUUUGAAAUUGUAAAUAUUAUUAAGUCGCACACUAGUCAAAGAAGAAACCACAGCAAACAACAAUUAAAUUAUAUUCAAUUAAAUUAAAUGAAAGCCUUUUAAUGCGUUAAAGCUCUAUUACAUACAUACAUACAUAAUACCACACACAUGCAUACAACUAAGCAAAUCCCUAUUUAUUAAUCCCCCUUAAAACAAAAACUAUGAACACAAACUGAAAAGCCAAAGAAAAUAAAAAUCAAAAUACAUUGCAACACAAUAAAGCAUUUUUCUCUUAAUUCACAUUUAAAGUCGAGUACCGAAUUCAAGGGUCAAGCACUUCAGUAAUCAUAUUUGUGAGAUCCCAAAAUCGAAUUAGUUAACUGGCCACAAAUCGGCCGUUACUCGCAUCUUCAAAUAUUGAGCAUCUAAUGCGAUUAGUGUUAUCCCACAAAUACCCAAAUUGAAUGACAGAAACUAAAUUUAGUUAAUCUAGCAUAAAAUUCAGCAAUGCGUUGCCAAAUUCCUUAAAAUAAGAAAGCCAAGCUAGAGCUCAACAGUUCAGACUAUGGUUCUACCAAAUAGCCCCCAACAUAGAGCUCCAAAGCAAGCAGGACACAAACAGACGCAUACAUAUAUACAUAUAUGCUUAUGUAUAUGCAUAUGUAUGUGUAUAUGAAAGGCAAAUGUCAAUAGCAAAC